UUGAGUUCAUUCCAAGCAUCUGCAAUAUUUUUCACGACCCUCUUUUUCAAAUUUCAAGAAACCGAAUACCAGACAAAGAGAAAAAAGUUAAAGGUUUCUCCUACAAGUUCUUUGCAAGGAUUGAAGCGUCUUGGUUGGAUUGAAGGCAACAGAGAUUAGGGUUUCUUGAUUUUGGGGCUUUGGUCGAUUUCUUUGGUGUUUUAGGGCUCUGAUUUUGUGUAUGUGUUGUUUGGGGGAUAAAUCUUGAAAAAGAUGUCGUGUUUGAAGGUCGAUUUCUCAGUUUCUGGUUCGAGUAAUAUUCUGGUCAAGAACCAAGACAGAGGGUCUUCUAGGGUUUUGUCAGCUCUUCGAUUUAGGGAUUCGAAUUUAAACGAGGUUUGGGGGAAAUCCUUGAAAUUAGACAAUGUUUAUGGUCAGAGAGGUGUGGUCGAUUCGGGCAUCAUCAAACGCCCAAAAUUGGACGCUGUUUACGCGCAGGCAUCAGUUUCCUUUGGGAAAGCCCUGAAAUGGUGGGAGAAAUCCCUGCAGCCAAACAUGGUGGAAAUCGGCUCAGCGCAGGAUCUCGUAGAUCAUCUAAUCAACGGUGGCGAUCGUCUCGUUGUGAUCGAUUUUUAUUCCCCUGGCUGCGGUGGCUGCAAAGCUUUGCAUCCUAAGAUUUGCCAAAUCGCGGAAUCGAAUCUGAAUGUUGUGUUCUUGAUGGUUAACUACGAGCAGCACAAGGAAAUGUGCUAUGCCCUCCAUGUUCAUGUCUUGCCAUUCUUCCGAUUCUACCGAGGCGCCGACGGGAAAGUUUGUAGCUUCAGCUGCACCAAUGCCACGAUCAAGAAGUUCCGGGAUGCGUUAGCGAAGCACGGCACGGACCGGUGCAGUCUUGGCCCGGCGAAGGGUUUAUCGGAGGCGGAGAUGUCGUCACUGGCCGCGAUCGGGCAGAUUUCGCUGGAAUUAGCGCCGACAACGGCGGUGGAAGAAGAAGGUAGUGAGUGUAACAAAAUGGGAGUGAAAGAAGAAGACAAAGCUGCUGCCAUAGCUAUGGCAUCUUAAGUGUGUUUGUUAGUACAAAAUAUACACAUAUACAUACAUGAUAUAUUUGUAUGUAUUUGUAUUCUUGGUGCCAUUCAGGGCUAAUGGGUUUUUAAGAUAUAAGCCCUGUGGUGCCUAGCUGCUGCUGUUGUGUGUAAAACUUGUGAUAAUGAAUCCCCUGUGAAAUGGACAUUUGUUGAUUCGGGGAUUUUGAUGAUCAUAUCCACCACAAGAAACAAAAACCCUUAUUUUUUAUU